CAUCCCGCGUUCUCGCCAGCGGCGAUGCCCAACGUGCACCUCUCCGCUGCCGCCGCCGCCCUGGAGCGCCUGUCCGUCCGGCGGGCCCUAGGCGGGCACGGCCGCAGCCCCGUCUGCAGGAGCCUCUUCGGGCCGGUGGACCAUGAGGAGCUGGGCCGGGAGCUGCGGAGCCGCCUGCGGGAGAUCGGGGAGGAUGACCAGCGUCGCUGGGACUACAACUUCCACACCGACACACCGCUGCCAGGGCCCGGCCGCCUGCGCUGGGAGGAGGUGGAAGGCGGCGCUGUGCCCGCUUUCUACCGGGAGACGCUGCAGGUGGGGCGGUGCCGCGUCCCGCUCCUGCGGGCACCCCCCUCCCCGCCGCCGUCACCGCCGCCCCCCGCAGCCGCCGUCGCCAGCAAGGGGCCCGGAGGGCGCCUGAGCCGGGAGAACCGCGCCGCGCCCUGCUGCCGUGGCAUGCGGCUCUGCCGGCGGGGCCCAACGGCCCGCAUCACAGAUUUCUUCGCGAGGAGGAAAAGGCCAGCGGAGUCCAAGGCGGCGACGGAGCGUCCCGCCGUCUGCCCGCAGCCCCCCGGCGCCGCUACGGCUGAGCAGGCUCCCCGCAAGCGGCUCCGGUGAGCCAGACUUUUGCACUACGGCACCCACGGGAGAGGCGCACCGCCCCCCGGAGGUGCGGUGAGCAGGGACU